GUCAGAAAAUACACGAAAAUUCUAAAAAUAAUCAUCGCGUCCGCAUCCAAAACAUUUCAUAAAUAAUCAACAUCGAAAAUAGAAUCCCGAACGGUAUCUUUUUAGACUCAGUAUCCACGUUUUCGAAAUGGAAAUCAAACUGCUCCCGUGUCCCUUGUGCACCACCCCACACUUCGAGGGUGCGGACUCUCUAAGAAACACCCUAGUGAGAGUUGCCACGAACUUGCUCAAGUGUCCCAUUUGCGCGGAAAGUUUUUUAGGACUAGACAAAUUAACGAUACAUUUAUUCAGCCACACGGGAUGUAUUGCAACGUCAAAAGUCGAAUUACAAGACAAUCUGCAAGAGGAAAUCGAAAAGAAAAUAAAAAACGAGUGUCGAAAUAUCUCCGAAGGCCCUGUCAAGUGUGAUAUUUGCACGUUUAGUUUCACAGACAAGAAUAUUUUGGAUAUACACCAAAAACUGCUGCACCAAACGACACCAGACAUAAAAACUGGAAAUUACAGCUACCACUGCCAUCUUUGCAGUAAAAAAUUCAAAAUGAGGGGUAGUUUGAUGGUGCAUCUCAGGGUAGCUCAUUACGGGUUUAUCAGAAACGAAGCGCAAAAUCGUACAGGGUGUUCCGAAGUUAGUGAUGUUGAUGUUAGGCCACAAAGUGAUAAUGACGUAGAUAGAGAGGGUAAGGGUAGUGAAAAAGACGGACAAAAGUGUCACGAUAAUAAACAGUGGGAGUGCGAAGUGUGCAGUAAAAUGUUUACUACGAAAUAUUUUUUGAAAAAGCAUAAAAGGUUGCAUACGGGUGAAAUGCCAUAUUGUUGUAAUCUGUGCAACAAAUCCUUCACUUUUCAACAGUCCUAUCACAAACACAUGCUAUAUCAUUCGUCAGACAAACCUCACACGUGCAAUGAAUGUGGAAGGGCCUUCAAAGAGCUAUCGACCCUGCAAAAUCAUGCAAGAAUACAUUCCGGAGAAAGACCAUUCGUCUGUGAAACUUGUGGCAAGUGCUUCAGACAAAGGGUAUCCUAUUUAGUCCACAGGAGAAUUCACACAGGAGCGAUGCCCUACAAGUGUACAACAUGCGACAAAAGUUUUCGAUAUAAAGUCAGCCAAAAAUCCCACAAAUGUCUAACAAGUUCACCUGGCAGUCACACUCCAGAACCGACUAGCACCUCACCAAAUAUUUCCCAAAAAACUGAAGAUUGUCCAUUUACUUCCCAAAAUGUCCCAAAGGAAAUAUUAAACAUCCAGACCAACCAUAUAACUGCCCCGAACUUGCUCCAAGAUGCAGUAAUUGUCCCCAAAUGUAUAAUGAACGUUGAUCUUGAUACUGGGAGUAUUAGUGUGAUUCCGCAAAGGAACGGGAGUUUCACCAAUGAUAGUAUAGAUGAAGAUAAUAUUCUGUUACAGAAAAAAUCUAUUUUAUUAAAUAACAAUGGAUUUAUUGAGAUCAGUUAUAACAAAACGGAUUUAAGAAAUGUUUCUUUGAGCAAUUCUAACAAUGGACAAAUAGACAAAGACGAUUUCGAAAAAUUAAUAUACGCUGAUCCAGCGAAAGAGCUGUUUUCUCCCACAUUGUCAAAUCUACUUCCCGAAGUGGAAUCUUUGUAUUUAAAUAAUUCUCCCACCAACGAUUUGAGCGUACGAGAACACCCAGAAACAAUCAACGACAUGCGUGAGAAAUGUCUGGAAGAAUUCUUGCAAGGAAUGGACUAGCGACUAAGUUCCACUGUAGCUUUAAGAAUAAAUAUAUAUUACCAAAAAGUA